AUGGGGUCCCGUCAUGUUCCUGCACGCACAGUUCUGUUUGAGAGAGAGAAGAAUGGAGUGACGUAUCGUGUCCCAGCCCUCCUUUAUAUACCUCGCUGGUCAACACUUUUGGCAUUCGCAGAAGAGAGGCUUAGCGCAGACGACGCCCAUGCUAACCUGUUGGUAUUACGCCGUGGCACAUUUUAUCGCAACUACGUGGAGUGGGAGGACAUGUAUGCAGUGGAGAGAGCCCACCUGCCCGGACAUCGAUCAAUGAACCCAUGUCCACUGUACAAUGACUUUACAGGACAGAUCUUCCUUUUCUUUAUCGCUGUUCUGGGCAGAGCCACUGAAUCCUACCAGAUCAUCUCUGGGCACAACCUGGCACGUCUGUGCUAUGUAACAAGUUCAGAUCAGGGCAGAAGCUGGAGUGAGGUCACAGACUUGACUUACAAGGUCAUCGGGGAGUCACUAAAAGAGUGGGCCACGUUUGCCUUGGGACCAGGACAUGGCAUCCAGCUGAAGUCAGGCCGGCUCCUUGUCCCUGCUUAUACCUACCACAUUAACUGCAGAGAUUGCUUUGGGAAGCUGUGCCGCACUACACCGCAAGCAUUCACCUUCCGCAGUGACGACCAUGGAAAGUCCUGGACAUUUGGAGAACUCAUCCCAAACCUACAGACAGUAGAGUGUCAGCUGGUGUCAGUGGACGAGGAGGAUGGCACAAACAUUCUGUACUGCAAUGCCAGAAGCCCCCUUGGGUUCAGAGUGCAGGCUCUAAGCUCUGAUGGUGGCAUUGUCUUUCAGCCAGGACAGCUAGUGGAGAAAUUGGUGGAGACACCCAGUGGGUGCCAUGGAAGUGUCAUUGGCUUCCCUGCUCCACUGAACUUCUUCUCAGGGCUUAAUGCCAAUAAUCUCCUAUCUGACCAGCCACGGAGUGCAAAAAGAUUCCAGACCCCUACAUGGGUCCUAUACUCCCAUCCUACCAGUACACAGUCACGUGUGAAUCUGGGUGUCUACCUCAGCCCAUAUCCUAAGGAUGCAGACAGCUGGUCAGGCCCUUGGAUCAUAUAUGAAGGACCUAGUGCCUACUCAGAUCUGGCAUAUAUAGAACUAACUUCUGGUGAUGCUGGGGCAGUGGGGUCCUCUCCAGUAGUUGCCUUUGCUUGUCUCUUUGAAAAUGGCAUAAAUUCUCCCUAUGAGCAGAUAUCAUUCAGUAUAUUUACUCUGUAUGAGGUCAUACAAAGCCUACCGCCUAAUCCCCUCCUCCAUCAGCCCGUGACCAAAACUAGAAUAAAAGGGAACUGUAUGAUGUUUUAAACAAAAUUCUAAAGGCAUCUUUAGAAAAAAUAGACACAGUUAUAUAUUAUAUAUUAUGCUUACUACAGGGCAAUUCACUUCCUACAUUACUGCAUAAAAGCAGUCGCCC